UCUCCCUUUGAGAAAAUUUAAGUAAUCAAAAUCCCAGAAAUAAUGCUGACUUUUCAGUUGUUUGUGGUUGCUUUGCUAGUUAUAUGCAUUGCUCACUGGGUUUAUAGAUGGAGAAAUCCCAAGUGCAAUGGAAUCCUCCCUCCAGGCUCCAUGGGGAUCCCUCUCAUUGGCGAGACCCUUCAAUUACUAGUCCCCAGUAACUCGUUUGAUAUUCCACCUUUUCUAAAAACCAGGCUCCAGAGAUACGGGCCAAUUUUCAGAACCAAUGUGGCAGGCAGGGCAGUGGUUGUAUCUGCUGAGCCUGAAUUCAACCAUUUCAUCUUUCAACAACAUGGUAGGUUGGUUGAAUCAUGGUACUUGGACUUGUUCGCAAAGCUCUUCAAGCAAGGGGAAAACAGGCCCGAUGGAGCCUAUGUUCACAAGUAUGUUCGGAACUUGGCUUUGAGUCACUUUGGCGUGGAGAGCCUCAAAGGGAAACUGCUUCCUCUGUUGGAAGCAAUGGUUCGUGAGACCUUCAGCGCUUGGUCCAACCAGGAAUCCAUUGAAGUAAAAGACGCUGUUUCAGCUAUGGCUUUCAACUUUGCCACAAGGGAGAUCUACAGUUCUGAUGCUGAGAAUUUUUCACAAAGCUUAAGAGACAUGUUCAUUAGCUUAGCACGUGGCCUCAUGUCCUUUCCCAUCAACAUCCCUGGUACAACCUAUAACAAAUGUUUAAAGUACCAUAAGGCAGCGUUAGAUAUACUAUCCGUUCUGGUAAAAGCAAGGCGUGCAUCACCUGAUCGGAUGCUCAAAGGGGAUGUACUUGAUCACGUUCUAGAAGACAUGAAAUCUGAGAAAUUUUUGACAGAAGAUUUCAUUGCUCAACUGAUGUUCGGGCUUUCAUUUGUUUCAUUCGAUUCGAUUUCAUGGGCAGCGACACUGCUCAUAAAGUUGCUUGGAGAUAACCCUCUGGUGUUAGAAGAAUUAACUGCUGAGCAUGAUGCAAUACUAAAGAAAAGAGAGAAUCCGAAUUCCUCAAUUACAUGGGAAGAAUACAAGUCAAUGACCUUUACCCUUCAAGUUAUCAAUGAGACACUCAGACUGGGAAGCAUAUCACCAGGAUUGCUAAGAAGAGCGCGGAAAGAUAUUCAAGUCAAUGGGUAUACUAUUCCAAAAGGAUGGGCGAUUAUGCUUGUCUCUUCUGCGGUUCAGAUGAAUCCUGAUAUUUACAAGGAUCCACUUGCAUUCAAUCCAUGGCGUUGGAAGGACCUCGAACCAAGUGUUAUUUCCAAGAAUUACAUGCCAUUUGGUUCAGGAAUUAAGCAAUGUGCAGGAUCAGAGUAUAGUAAACUCUUCUUGGCUACCUUCAUUCACGUCUUAGUAACCAAAUAUAGGUGGAUAAAGAUCAGAGGAGGAGGCGUCACUCGAAUUCCUCUCUUGCGACUCAAAAGCGGGCUUUGCAUUAAGAUCCUGGAGAAGAAUAAUUGAAGGACUGGCACCAAUUAGUGUUAUAUAGUUGGAGAUUGCAUGGCUAUUAAAUUUUUUAUUAAUUGUUUAUGGUCAUAGUAUGUUGUUGACUAUGAAGACCGAGCAGGAAAAAGAAAUAAUGUUAAAGUAGCUAAAGAGAGAAAGUCUUGGUUGGUUAGUCAUGUACCACUUUCUAGUUUCUUUUCCUUUUCUUUGUUGGGCCAUGUUUCUUUGUCUAGUUGUAAGAACUUUUGUGAAAUAUAUAGUAUAACUUUA